CCGGACAGGAGCCGGCCGAGCCUCUCUCCAAGGCGAAAGUGGGAGAGGCUCGCUUGCGGUCCUGAGGGCGGUGGAACGGGUGGCCGGGUCUCCGCAGGGGGUUGCCAUGGAGACGGGGGCUGACGGCGUCCUAGCGAGGGCCCUGAUUGGUGCAGAACCCUGCUAAUCCGCGAAGCCCGUAGAGAAUUCAGGGAGACUUGGUGGAGGCAUGCGCGGUUGGGAAGGUGGUGCGGCCGCCCGUUGCCCCCUGAGAAGCUUGCUCGCGUCGACGGGCGCCUGGACGCCUGGAUUUGAGGCUGGGAGCGCGGGAAGACGCGGCCCGGAGUGUGACCCGAUCGUUGCGAACAACGCUGCCCCGGGGCACAGCGGGAGGAGGGUGGAAACUGAGGCGAGGGUGGGGGACGGGCAAGGCGGCGCUCGGGCUGGUGCGUGGAGCAUUCUGGGAGACAUAGUCCGGCCGGGGAGGGCAGGUCGGCGAGUGCGCAUGCUCAGGAGCGCGGAGCGGCCCGCUGAGCGCGGAGCGCAGCAUCCAGUAGGCUCUCAAAGCGCAUCGUCACCGCUGUCCUCAUCGCAGCCGCCUCACCCCCUUCCUCCCCCAGGGGGAGACGCUGGCCUCAGAGCCCCAGUCUGCUCUUUCCAAUGAGGCCCACGGCUCUGGGCUUCCCGGGCCACGCACCCCCAGAAGAUGAGGGGCCCAUCACGGUGAAGCUGGAGGAGUCUGAGGAGGAGGGUGAAGCCGCCCCAUGGGAUCCCGGCCCAGAGGCUGCACGACAGCGUUUCCGGCACUUCCGCUAUGAGGAGGCAGUGGGUCCCCGCGAGGCGCUGGCCCGGCUGCGGGAGCUGUGCCGCCAGUGGCUGCGGCCCGAGGUGCACUCCAAGGAGCAGGUGCUGGAGCUGCUGGUGCUGGAGCAGUUCCUGGGCGCGCUGCCCGCCGAGAUCCAGGCCCGUGUGCGGGGACAGCAGCCGGGCAGCCCUGAGGAGGCCGCUGCCCUGGUCGAGGGCCUGCGCCGGGAGCCAGGAGGGCCCCGGAGAUGGGUCACAGUCCAGGUGCAAGGCCAGGAGGUGCUAUCGGAGAAGACGGAGCCCUCCGACUUCCAGCCCCUCCCUCAAGUCACACCUCGGGCUCCAGAACCUGGGCUUGAGAUGCCCCAUGGGGCCACACAGGAGUCGUCGCUGGGCCUACGGGUGAAAGAGGAGCCUGGGGUUACAGAGGAUCCAGAGCUUCUGGACUCUGGGCCUCUAACCAACCCCCAGGAGGCCACUUCCACUGUCCUACCUGAGGAGGCCCAGGGCUGUGGCGUGACGCUGGACCAGGCCUCUCCCCAUAGUGAGGCUGGGCCUGAGGGGUCCUCAUGGACGGAGCACCCUGAGGCCCUGUGGCAGGAGGAAGCUGGGAGCAUCUUCUCCCCAGGGUUUACACUCCAGAUGGACAGCAUCUCUGCUGGCCCAGACACUGUGAGCCCCCACGUCCACCUCCCCUGGGACCUCGGCGUGGCCAGCCUCACGGGCCGACUCGAGUCACCCUCCCUCGAAGGUGGCUUCUCACACGCGCUGGUGCUCUCCAGCGACCCGGGAGGUGAGCAGGACCCCACGUACGAUCCCCGCCAGGGCGUGGGCCCCGGGCUGGCCGCCGCUCGCUGGCGUGCCCCCAGGGGCCGGAGCCGGGGUCGAGGUCGCCCCAGCACAGGCGCCGGAGCCGUGCGAGGUGGCCGCUGCGACGUGUGCGGGAAGGUGUUCAGCCAGCGCAGCAACCUGCUAAGGCACCAGAAGAUACACACGGGCGAGCGGCCGUUCGUGUGCGGCGAAUGCGGCCGCAGCUUCAGCCGCAGCUCGCACCUGCUGCGCCACCAGCUCACCCACACCGAGGAGCGGCCGUUCGUGUGCGGCGACUGCGGCCAAGGCUUCGUACGCAGCGCGCGCCUGGAGGAGCACCGGCGCGUGCACACGGGCGAGCAGCCCUUCCGCUGCGCCGAGUGCGGCCAGAGCUUCCGGCAGCGCUCCAACCUGCUGCAGCACCAGCGCAUCCACGGCGACCCCCCGGGCCCCGGCGCGGCACCCCCCGCGCCUCCUGGCGCGCCGGAGCCCCCAGGCCCCUUCCCGUGCAGCGAGUGCCGCGAGAGCUUCGCGCGGCGCGCCGUGCUGCUGGAGCACCAGGCGGUGCACACGGGCGACAAGUCUUUCGGCUGCGUGGAGUGCGGCGAGCGCUUCGGCCGCCGUUCGGUGCUGCUGCAGCACCGGCGCGUGCACAGCGGCGAGCGGCCCUUCGCCUGCGCUGAGUGCGGCCAGAGCUUCCGGCAGCGCUCCAACCUCACGCAGCACCGGCGCAUCCACACGGGCGAGCGGCCCUUCGCCUGCGUGGAGUGCGGCAAGGCCUUCCGCCAGCGGCCCACGCUCACGCAGCACCUGCGCGUGCACACGGGGGAAAAGCCCUUCGCCUGCCCUGAGUGCGGCCAGCGCUUCAGCCAGCGUCUGAAGCUCACUCGCCAUCAGCGGACGCACACCGGCGAGAAGCCCUACCACUGCAGCGAGUGUGGCCUGGGCUUCACGCAAGUCUCGCGGCUCACCGAGCACCAGCGCAUCCACACAGGCGAGCGGCCCUUCGCCUGCCCGGACUGCGGCCAGAGCUUCCGGCAGCACGCCAACCUCACGCAGCACCGGCGCAUCCACACGGGCGAGCGGCCGUACGCAUGCCCCGAGUGCGGCAAAGCCUUUCGCCAGCGGCCCACGCUCACGCAGCAUCUGCGCACCCACCGGCGCGAGAAGCCCUUCGCCUGCCAGGACUGCGGCCGCUGCUUCCACCAGAGCACCAAGCUCAUCCAGCAUCAGCGCGUCCACAGUGCAGAGUAGCCAGCGCGCGCUGCACCCCCGUCUCCGCCCUCACCUCGGUCCUCCGUGCGGGGGUGGGGGGGCGCUGCUGCAGAACACCUACCUCGCGGGGAUGCUGUGAGGCCUGUGAUCACGUGGGUACAAGCCAGCCCUCUUAGGGCCCGGUGCCCAGUAGGUGCUCAAUAAACAGUACACGGAACCUG